AUGGGCAGGGUGAAUAGAAAGAGAGCUCAGAAGAGCUUGGAUGCUCGUCAUCGCAGUACACGCUUUCACCGUGCUACUCGUUUCAGAGCAUUCAGAUCUGUACUAAAAGGCGGCGAGAGAUUACCUGAUGGAUUCAUGAAGAAUCUCAGAUGGUCCACACCACAUCUCGGCCAUCACCGCGAGGCUUCUCAAAAAAAUGCCCGCCUUCUACCCAAAGGGUAUCUCACUAACCACGCGGGUGCACCUAGAUAUGUUCCUGUUGGAAAUAGGACUCCGCAAAACAAGCAGAAAGCUUCGAAAAGCUCUUUGUUUUCUUCUAGAAAGACCCGUGUACGCCGCCACAAUGCACGAAACUGCAGUCUACCUCAUCCAAACUAUAUGGGAAUCUCACCUGCCAUCUUGCUGGAGAUGAUGGUCAAAGUCGCAAAGGUCAAAUGGAAACCUCCAACUGUUUUGGGAAACGGAAGGACAAAAAAUUCGAUUAUGCUGCAAGCUGCGAUGUCAAAGGACUCGCCAACAAUGGUAUCGGUGAAGAAUAUUGAAGGAAUACAACAUGCCCUCAGUUUUCUGAGAAAUCUCCCAGAAAAUGGAUUGCCAACAUUUGUGCAGAGAAAUUCGGUGUUGAAGAGGUUUAUACGGGGAAUGGAAACACACAAUACCUCUGCCGCAUCGGGCAAUAGCCAAAAGCCGAAAAAUGAUCUGGGCAUUAUAGAACAGACAGUUUACCAACUGCAGCGCCGUGGCUUGGUAAAGCCGUACCUUGACAAGUUGACUGCAUAUUUUUCAGAGCAGGAGGAUUUAAGUGCGGAUGCAGAGACUUUGGUGCAGAAAGUUCUCGUUGACGCAACAAAUAGUGCUGCUCUAACCCCAUGUCCAAGAGAAGGCGAAGUCGAUAUGACGAUGGUGGAUUCCAAUGAGCAAAAUGCGCCAAAACUUCACCUUGAUACAUCUCAGAAGCGAGUGGUGAUCUCACUCCAAGGCAGCCGCUGCAAUCCUAUUAAUCUUGAAAACCUUGGUUUGCCUCGAGAUCUUUUUCGAGGGCUGCCAAAUCCAUUUCUUGACAGGUCUUCGAAUGUCACGGCGAUCAAUCCCAUAAAUAUUUCUCAGGGACAACCGGAUGCCGCUCUUGGCAAAUGGCCUCGAAUUGUCUUCACGAGAAAUCCCGAGCUGUUGGAUCUUUGUCCUGAAGAGGCAGCCAUGCAUUGGAGGUUUGACCGUACGUUGUACGUAAGAGCCCCCGAAGCAGCUAUAGCAGCAAUAGCGGCUCUACCGCCUUGCCAUUAUGCGCCAUGCAUGUAUAUCACUUGUGAAAAUUACUUGAAGAAGCGUACCACGUCUCCUUUUCGCGAAUCCCCUAUGCUAGGUGGACCAGGAGGACAGUAUAUAACAACCCCGUUUAAUUUCGGGGACCACGUCGAAGGCGUGCAGUUUUAUCAAGCGGCAAUCAAUGCCAAAAGAACGCGUCAACUGGAACUUGAGAGACAAAAGACAGCCCAAAAAGCCGCUGAAGAUCAGAAGCAUAAGAGUCCGAUUGACCGAUAUUCCCAGGCAUUGCAGCAGUCGAGACUUGCCGAAGGACAUCCUAACUGGCAUGACCUGCCAUAUCCAGCAAUAUCUCGCGAGGAAAUGUCGUCUUUGGAAUUGGAACUUACUGAGGCUGACAAGAGCGUGGCCCACCGCAUGCUCAUGGAUGAAAUAGUUAAAGAUAUACCUGGGCAACGCAAAAAAUUAGAGGAGUAUGAUAUCCGGACCCUUUUUCCUGAACUCCAGCCAAUCCAGCACGAGUUCGAAGAAAAUGGGUACUCCGAGCUACGUGCAGUGAAAAAUGAGCCUACCAAGUCAUCCCAAAAGUCCAUUGCGAAAGACCACUGCAGCAAGAAGGGCCAAUCUGGACACGGAUUGAAGCGUCGUCGAGCCUUUCCGGAAGAAGAACCGCGGCCACAAUAUUCCAAUUUUGAGCUGGAAAUCGAUGGCCCUCUUCUCAAUGGUGGUCCAAUAUUCCGUCCAAGGAGUCCUUCGCAAAUGUCCACAUCGUCUGAAUCUGAUGUCUUUGUAGACUACGAAGAAGAAAUCUCUCUCGUUAGAUCUUCUGCACCAAAAGGAGAGGCAGAACCCCACCCUGAGAUAUAUCGCGAUGAGGUUAUGUUGCGCCAUCAGCUCGCUUCUGGACCGGUUUACACCCAAAAUCCAAAUUUGUACUCGACUUACAGUUCAAGCUUGCCAAAGAGUACAGAGUACAACCAGUACCCCACAAGGACAAACCGGGCCAUCAAGGAGCCGAUAUCAAUCUUUGCCGGAGAAACGACAUUCUCCAACUUAACAAUUGCAGAUAUGCAGCCGAACAGCAUGUCUGGUACUGGAUUUCCUUCAGAGACAUCACCACAAGCAGCAUUGUCUACUGAUUCUAUUUUGUUCUCAGGAUCGCCAUUUGCCCCUACGUCCCUGGCUGGUGAGCCAAUGGUCGCUGAUAGUAAAUCAUGCCCCAAAUGCGAGAAGCCGUACAAGUACAAGGGGGCCCUUACAAGGCAUAUGCAGAACUGUCAAGUUCCAGGUAUCCCUGAAGAAUAUAAGAGCUGUCAAUUUCCAGGUAUUUCUGAAGUGUCUCCCUUACCACAUUCUUGCCCCACUUGUGGGAAAAUAUACAAGAAGCUAGGGAACCUCUGGCCUCAUAUUGUUUCAUGUAACUCAAAAAACAAUAAGUUUCAAACCACAGAGUUUCCAAAGCAGGAUAUUGGAGAAGUGAAGGCUCGUGGAAGCUUGGUGCCGUUUCCACGCGAUAAUGCGAGAACUUCCUCUGGAAAGCCAUUUUGUGAGGCGUGCAGAUCCGAAUUCACUUCAAAGAGGGAGUUGGCCAAGCAUAUCAAGGCCGAAUGUGCGGCGUUGCGUGCCCAGGGUUCAUACGGCAGAAAAAAUAAUAAGCAACCUGGGACCCCGCUUGCACUAAGCUUCAAGGAGCCGAUGUAUGCCUCGGAUUUUGAAAGCUCAGAUUCCGAGAGCGUUGCUGAAAUGACUUCUAGCAUAUUCGCUACUUCAGUUGGCAAAUAUGGGCAAAAUUCUGUACGAGCAGAAAGGCAAUCAACAAAGGGCGAUGCUUCUGGAAUGGACUGCGCAGUGAGGAAAGGCUCCAUUGCAGAACAGAUGGAGCUUAUUUAUGGACCACAAUCCAACUAUCAUACUCCUACUAACCCAAUGUCCUACUACUCAUCCAAUAUCAUGAAGAAUUCAACUCUGGGUGAUUAUUCCGGAACAGGUGGAGUUAGAAAUGGUGAUGAUUCUGAUAUGGAUGCCAGCCCGACACCAGAGACGAAGUCGCACAAUAUUGGAAAACUCUCCAGGUUUGCCUCGACCGUGAGACCAAGGCGACCGCCAACCAGAAUAGGAAUGUCUCCAGGCUCGAAACUAACCGUCGAUGGCGAAACUCCAACGUCUGUCUCACGUGUCCGCGCCCUCGACCCUGGAUUGUCAGAGCUACAUGAUACCAAGCCCCAGCCACCUAGCCGAAGGCUUUUCUCCCACGACACUGGCGUGGCUGGUAUGUCUAGUCCUUUACUUCAUACAAAUCAGGAUGAGCAAGCUUUCAAGGCAUUCGACUUGGACUUUCCACCACUCCCCACCCGCUUCUCGCCCCACAAGGAUCCUGCGACCCACCGCAGCAGGCUAUCAAAGGAGUUUGGACCAUAUCGCAGCAAGCUAGGAUCUUUUGGGUCGGAGGUUAUCACUGUCCGAUGCUCAACCCAAAUUGUUUGUGAUAAAGUAGUCAAUUUUCUUGGUAAAUUCAAGGCAGAAGAUGCCAGACGCCAGAUUGUAUCUGUGUCGGGUGAGAACGGGUUUACUGCGAAAGUCAUUGUGCGGCCAGGGUUUGAUAUCACUGAGGUUAAGUUUGAAGAACUACCUGGGAUUUUUGUAGAGAGUGAGAUUAAAAAAUUCAUAUUUGCGCAGACAGAUCCAGAGACGUUGGGAGCAAGAGUGGGGAAGGAUACCGGCGAGAAGCAAGAGCUUGAGUUGGGGACACCUGGGGAGAAGCCAGUGGAUAGAACAAGAGGAUGGAAUCUCAGAGGGAAACACGGGGAGGAAACUCGCCGUCAAAAGCGCCGCCGAUAGGUGCCGAUAUGAUGGUCAUGAGUGGUUCUAGAUAUGAGAGAUAAGAGAUGCUAAUGCUUGCGAAGGCGAGCAUCUAUGUAGGAUAUUUGUUUGUAUGACCACAUCACAGCGUGUCCAACCAUCUGAGGUUUGAGGAAUGCAGGUGAAGGCAAGAAAGGGAUGGCAAACAUGGAACCUAUGGAUAUUAGUUGCUGGUUACCUCGCAGUAAGAG